AAAUGAAUAACACUUUACUUCCCAACUUAGAUGAUAAGCCUUAUUACCACAUCUACGAACCUUCGCUCAAAGAGACACUCAAUGCCAGUAGACAUAUACACAUUAUUCGCUUAGUUCAUGUGGAAUCGCAGACUGAGUCCCUCUCUCCCAAUGAUGAGAAAUCGAUCUACAUUCAGAAUGUGAUUAUGAGGAUGUUCCCUGAAAUCCAACUUCGAUAACACAGCAUCCUCAUCUGCCAACAUUUGUACACCAAAACAUACACAAUCUUCUUCAUGAACUCGAAAUAAGUACCUUAUAGCUAUUGUUGCAAUCGUCCACUCCAAGUUCGUUGCUAUCCAAUAGGCUUUGGAUUGGUUCUAUGUUCAGGAGAACGAUGUUCCAAGCCAGAAUUGAAGGCGUUCAAAUUCAGUGACAAUACUCCAAAAUUAGAGGAGAAAUUGAACAAUAAAUUGUCGAAACUCAUUUCCAUGGGGAAACACAAACAUGUCAAUCUGAUCCAACAGAAACAACGUUUCGGAUUGGAAGAAUUCAAAAAGCAUGUUACUGAGACUCCAGACACAGUAGUUGUGAAACCUCGUUCACAAUCGUAUUAUAAGGGAAGUUCAAAUUACUUGAAACGACCCUAUAAAUUAUAAAAAUGGAUCCAUAAUUGAGUCACUACACAUAAUUCUUCAUCGUUGUCACCAAUCUUUGUAAGACCAACCAAAUCUCUUCUGAACAGAAGGCUCUCCUCAAAUCUAGUCUGACUCACAAAGAAGAAAAAAUUUGUCGCGUUCUCAUUCAAAAUAGUGGACCUGGAAAGUAUUCGUGAACCUUCUCAUUUAAUUAGGGAAAUGCAAUUGCGAUAGGCAUUACUAGAUUAUUUGGAGGAAUAAAAUAAGGCAAUGCAAAGGAGACGGUAACAUAAAUCCAAGACUAUGCAUUUUACCAAAGAGGUCUCGGAUGAAGACAAACAAUAGAAUACAAGCAAGCAAGAAUAAUCUAUACCCCAACCAUUGGCAGGUGUUGGUGCAGUGAUGAUUGACCAACUAACAGAAUUAUUGAACAAGCAUAUUGAAAAACAUAAUUUACUUGUCCCAGAAGACAAGGAAAAGUUGUUGUCACUAUGCAAUCUAAUACUACAACUUACAUCGGAAUAAGGAGACCCAAAUGGCUAGCAUGCAUAGAACACAGCUGAUGAUAAUAAAUUAGCAGAAAUAAGUGAGAAAGAUGCUGAUUCAAGUGAAGAAGAUGUGUAUGACAAAAUGAAAAGGCAAAUAGAUGAGAUCUACAAAGAAUUAAAGAAUAUUUUUACUGGCAACUUGCACACGCAUCUGCUUCUCAUGCAAGAAGACAUUUCAUAUGAAAAUUUGUAUUAAGUGCUGAAAUUCCUUCUCAAAAUACUUGUCGAUGCUGAUGAAUUUACUUUUUUCAUUCAUCGAGACAAAGAUUGGGAAGUGUAUUCCUCAGCCAAUGAUUCCAUUAAAGAUGUCACUCCUGAAGAAGCCCUAAAGGUUAACGAUGAAUUAACAUAAAUUCGACCUUCCUACAUCCACAGAGUAGAUUCAAAACUUAAUCAAUAUCCACAAAUCCAGGAGACCUGCAAAACCAAUGCCUAUGCACAAACAUCCAUUGUUAAAUUUUAAUUGCAUAUCAAAAAUUACGAGGUCCUCUUCUGUUUGCAUUGGACAGACAAGGAUAAAAAUAACAUCAAAAGAAAUUUCAUCAAGUAUUCCUCAUUAUUAAAUUUUAGUAAUGCUAACAUCUAUGGAUUUAACACAGAUGUCACUCACCUAGCACAAUUCUUAGUUGAAACUAUCAUAACUGCUAAAGUCUAAUUCUUCAAUCCCUUGCGUUUUGCUGAUCAUGUGUAGGACAUAGGAAUUACGUUUAUGAGGAUAUCAAGAUUUUUGUUGCUUGAAGGCAUUAAACAGGUUUUGAGUGCAAAAUACGAAGUUGAAUAAGAACAAUAGAAUUAGACUGAGGGUCUGAUUAAGAAGAGCAAUGACUUGCCCUCAUUGAAAAUAGAAUUAAAAGAUUCAAAUCUAGUUACUUUAAGUAUAAAGAAUUUGGACCUCAAGAAUGAACAGGAUUCGCAAUUAUAUUCUCUUGUAAAUUAUUAUGCACAAUAUCAAAUAGAUCAUACAAAUAUUAGAGAAAUAUGAUGGUUAUGUGAAGUUAUGUUAUGAAAAGUCAGCGUUUUAUAAGUAUUUCCUUAGAACUACUGACUCCUUAUUGUUUGAUUUCAAUAAGCAAGGAGAACUGAUUUUCUUAAGCAGACCUAUUUCUAAAGCAUAAAAGUAAAUUCAUUUCCAUAUGAUUAAUUAGACAAAGAUACAAUAUCAACUUUGAUCCGAAAGCAAUUCUAUACAAUAAAAUUACUUAUCAGGAUAUAUUUGCUGAAAACAGUAUCAUUUCCAAUAUUGAGGUGAAUAUUUAGAAUAUCCAUGAAAAUAGGCAAAAUCAAUACUUGAGCAACGUCGAAAUCCCUCAAUUUGAAAUAUUUCUCAAAGUGAUUGAUAAUGACUUCAAAGGAUUCACAGUCAUCUUCCAUGAAAAUGAGGCAAGGAGACUUAAACACUACUUUAUGACUCUGAAGAUAGACAGCAUGACGAAUGACGUAUAGAAGGAAGCUGAAGUGAAUAAAUCAUUCGAAGAGGAUAUCUAAAGACAAAUACUAAUUCAAUACAAUAAGCAUCAAACCUUUAAGUUCCUAAAUCAAUUAGAUGAAACGCAAGAUGUAGCCAACUCAAUGAUAGCUCUCUUCAUUCCUGAAAAUGAGUUACAAUAGAUUAGACAUCGUAAACCUGAUGUAAAGGGUUCUGAUUCAUAAUCGAAGGACAUGCAAAUUGAUUAAUGGAUUAUCCCACCUUAAAAAAAGAAGAAGAUUAGUUCAAGUGUGUACAUCAAAUACCAACAGCAAUUAGAGUAGGUUGACAUAAACUAAUUUAAAAUACUUGAGAGAGAUUCUUAAUUGGAUUAGUUUGAAUUCAAUAUUCUAACUUUGGAUUCCUCAUAGGAAAAACAUAGGUUGGUGUAUAGCAUCUUGGAGAAGAAUGGAUUCAUCUCACAAUAUAAUAUGAAUAAUUAAUCUUUAGCUUAGUUUCUAAGUGUUCUAUAACAGAGAUACAAUAAGAAAAAUAAUUCAUUUCACAAUUAUGAUCAUGGAAUAUCAGUUAUGUAAAGUGCUCAUUUCAUGUUGUAAUGUGAAAAGGCCAAACAAUUCAUCGAUGAUUUUCGAAGAAUGGCAACCAUCAUUUCUGGCUUGUGUCAUGAUGUUUCACACACUGGCAGAACUAAUGUAUUUAUGAUUAACAGCCAAUCUAAAUUAGCCACCAGGUAUCAUGAUUCAAGUGUAAGAAUCUUAUUAUUCUUUAGCCUCUUGAAUAACACCAUGCAGCCACCACCAUAUUUAUGCUUAAAGAUUCAUCACUCAACUUUUUAAGCAAUCUAACCAAAGAGUAGCAUCAGCAAUUCAGACGCAUUCUCAUCGACAACAUUCUCUACACAGAUAUCAAAGUUCAUUUUACUCUCCUUAAAGAUUUUGAAAGCAGAAUCAAGGACGAUGUGACAAAGCCGUUUGGAACUGGAGAUGACGAUCUUAAAUUAUUAACAGGAAUGAUUAUUCAUACUGCUGAUUUCAAUGGGGGAGCUAAAGUUUUUGAUAUCUCAAGGAUUUGGUCUGAAAGAGUGAACAAAGAAUUUAGUGCUCAAUACGAAGAAGAAGGCAGAUUAGGCAUACCAUAAACACCUUUCUUAAAGGAUCUGCAUAAAAUACAUAUCAUGGCAAAAUCUGAAAUGGGAUUCUUCAAAGUUAUUGUUCGACCUUUGUGGUUCACUCUAAAUGCCUUUUUUGUAAUUAUCUGAAUAUUAUCCUAUUAGGAUGGCUAUUUGCACUAGAGCAUAACCAAUCUUGAUAACACUAUUAUUAGUUGGGAAAAGAUCUAUCAUGCCAAUCUUCCAAAAGAAGAACGACCGCCAUAAUAAUCAUGA